AUGGUUGGACAGAUGAUGAGCAAAGUUCUUUCUAGCUUUUACAAUCUGAGGUAUUUUGAAAAAAGAAAGUUCACAGAUGUGGAUCACCCAUUGUGUGAGGAAUGCACACAUACUCUUUUAGACCAGAUGGACACUCAGCUCAACGUCACCGAAAAUGAAUGUCAGAACUACAGUAGCUGUUUGGAGAUCUUAGAGCAAAUGAAUGUAGAUGACAGUGAACAGCUACAGAUGGAGUUAAAGGAACUGGCAUUAGAGGAGGAGAGGCUGAUCCAGGAGCGGGAAGAUGUGGAAAAGAACCGCAAGAUAGUGGCAGAAAAUCUCGAGAAGGUCCAGGCUGAGGCUGAGAGACUGGAUCAGGAGGAAGCUCAGUAUCAGAGGGAAUACAGUGAAUUUAAACGAAAACAGCUGGAGCUGGAUGAUGAGCUGAAGAGUGUAGAAAACCAGAUGCGUUAUGCAGAGAUGCAGCUGAACAAGCCGAAGAAAACCAAAGUCUUUAAUGCGACCUUCCACAUAUGACACAGUGGACAAUUUGGCACAAUCAAUAACUCCAGACUGGGUCGCCUUCCCAGUGUCCCUGUGGAAUGGAAUGAGAUUAAUGCUGCUUGGGGCCAGACAAUGUUGCUGCUCCAUGCCCUGGCCAAUAAGAUGGGUCUGAAAUUCCAGAGGUAUCGACUUGUUCCCUAUGGAAAUCAUUCAUAUCUGGAGUCUCUGACAGACAAAUCUAAGGAGCUGCCGUUAUACUGUUCUGGGGGGUUGCGUUUUUUCAGGGACAACAAGUUUGAUCAUGCAAUGGUGUCUUUCUUGGACUGUGUGCAGCAGUUCAAAGAAGAGGUUGAGAAAGGCGAGACACGUUUUUGUCUUCCUUACAGGAUGGAUGUGGAGAAAGGCAAGAUUGAAGACAAAGGGGGUAGUGGUGGCUCCUAUUCCAUCAAAACCCAGUUUCACUCUGAGGAACAGGGGACAAAAGCUCUCAAGUUCAUGUUGACGAAUCUUAAGUGGGGUCUUGCUUGGGUAUCCUCACAAUUUUAUAACAAAGGACUUUCUUUUUUCCUUAGGGGAAUUUGUGCCUUAAAGGCUUUAAAUUUUGUUUUGUUUGCAAAAGAAGAUUUAGGUUAAAUUUAGGUAAUAUUAAACAGUACAUGUUUACAAUACCAAAAAAAAAAAAAUCCACAAAGGCCACUUUAUUUUAAAAUAUCAUAUGACAGUUUCUAGAGCUACAGCAUGCCGUGUCUAGCUACCAGCCCUUGUCA